AGGCAGCAAGCCGAAGAUGUGGGAGCGCCGAAACAUCCCUUUGGUUUGGUGCCUUCCUUUCCCGCAUCGACUUAGCAGUCAGCCAGGUGUGUGACUGGACAACAUGGCCAAGUCCAAGAACCAUACUAAUCACAACCAGAACCGCAAGGCUCACCGUAAUCCCAUCCGCCGCCCUAAGAAGCAGAAGCAUCCAUCCAUGCGAGGGGUUGAGCCUAAAUUCUUGCGCAACAUGAAGUUUGCCCGGAAGCACAACCUUCCUGGCCCCAAGCAAAAGAUGGUGGCUGCAGCCCGAGCCAAGAAGCGUGAGGCACUGGCAGCAAAGAUUAGCAGUGUGUAGGAAAGCUGGUAUUUUGCUUGCUUUUACACAUAUUUAAGGAAAAGAUAAAUAAAAUUUUCAGAUUC